GACCAACCACACCUCACUGUACAGUACUUGUCUUCACGUGUAUAUGUGGAUGGACCCAUCACACACAUAUGACAUAACUACAUGUACAUAUAUAUAUUAAUAUAUAUAAGAACAUCUUUCAAUGGAUCUAUCACAUGUCUUGCUCCUCUCAUCCGACGGUCCUUUUCCACUCCAUACUCUUCUUCUUCUUCUUCAGCUAGUCUCAGAAGCCAAACAUGGCUCCUCUCGUUUCUCUUCUUGUUAUACUCCUCACUGUUUCUUUAGCAGAGUCCAAGACUUUCUGGGGUGACGUGGCAGCUCUUAAAGAGUUCAAGAACUCCGUCGACACCAACUCCAUGACCCCCGGCUCUUGCCUCAGCUCCUGGGACUUCACCCUCGAUCCCUGCGACAAUUUAUCCGGCGAGACAUUCACCUGCGGCUUCAGCUGCGACGCCGUCGUCUCCGGAUCGGGUCGGGUCACGGAGCUCAUCCUCGACCAAGCCGGUUACUCAGGCUCCCUCACCUCCGUCUCAUUCAACUUCCCUUACCUCCAAACCCUCGAACUCUCCGGCAACUACUUCUCCGGUCCACUUCCCCACUCCCUCUCCAACCUCACGCGCCUCACGGGCCUCUUCCUCUCCGCAAACUCCUUCUCAGGCUCCAUACCCGCUUCCCUCGGGUCAAUGCCCCUUCUAGAAGAGCUCCUCCUCGACAACAACAUCCUCAACGGCUCCGUUCCGACAAGUUUCAACCGUCUCUCCCGCUUAAAACGGUUAGAAAUCCAGCAGAACAAAAUCUCCGGCGAACUCCCCGAUCUGAGCCCUCUCGAGAACCUGAACUACCUCGACGCGAGCGAUAACCGGAUCUCCGGUCCGGUCCCGUCGUCGUUACCCGGUUCACUAGCCCAAAUCUCGAUGCGUAACAACCUCAUGGAAGGAACGUUACCAGAGAGCUUCAGAAACUUAACCUCUCUCGAAGUGAUCGAUCUCAGCCACAACAAACUCAACGGCUCGAUCCCAUCGUUCAUCUUCACUCAUCAUCCAACUCCCCAACAGCUAACUCUCUCCUUCAACGGCUUCACUUCUAUAGACUCUCCUCGCUACUACUCGCCCUCGGGUCUCCCCAGCGAGCUAAUCUCCGUGGACCUCAGCUACAACCAGAUCAGAGGCCCGUUACCUCUCUUCAUGGGCCUGUUACCGAAGCUCUCGGCUCUGUCUUUGGAGAACAACAGCUUCUCUGUCUUUGGAGAACGAAAGACUGAUCAAAACAAUGGCAAAAUCAUACGCCGUUUUCUUCAGGUUGUUCCGAGACGCCAUUAGGGCGGGAAUAACGAAACCACCAAUUUAUGCUAUCGAAAGAAAGGUCCACCCUCAUUAUUACCCGGACUUAACGUUCUCCAAGGCGAACAAAAAAACUAAGCUACCAAACGACCGAGCGAGCUUCCACAUGUAUAUUCGGAAUCACCAGAAACACUUCAAUGUGAAUGAUGUGCAAGAUGUGCUCAAGUUGAAAGCGGAGACAAAAAGCCGUCACGCCAUAUCAAGUUCUCAACUUUCUUGUCACCCAUUUUAAAGGAAGCAAAACCCAAAUGAAUCUUGUCACCUAAGAGAAACAUAAGCAAGAACCUACUACUACACCCAUUAUUAUACUAUGGCGUGACGGCUUUUUGUCUCCGCUUUCAACUUGAGCACAUCUUGCACAGCAUUCACAUUGAAGUGUUUCUGGUGAUUCCGAAUAUACAUGUGGAAGCUCGUUCGGUCGUUUGGUAGCUUAGUUUUUUUGUUCGCCUUGGAGAACGUUAAGUCCGGGUAAUAAUGAGGAUGGACCUUUCUUUCGAUAGCAUAAAUUAGUGGUUUCGUUAUUCCCGUCCUAAUAGCCUCUCGGAACAACCUGAAGAGAACGGCGUAUGAUUUUGCCAUUGUUUUGAUCAGUCUUUUGAGAGAGAGAGAGAGAGAGAGAGAGAGAGAGAGAGAGAGAGAGAGAGAGAGAGAGAGAGAGAGAGAGAUAAGUGUGAAAGAAUACGAGACAUGUACACCUAUAUUUAAAGACUACGUGAGAAAGAAAUGAGUAAUACCACAUUAUACUAUACACAUUCAUUUUCUUAAAACUGAGCUGGUCAAUUUUUCUACAGUUGGACCCGUCCUUGUGCGCGUCAUAAUGAAGACGUGCUGUGUUCAUUCAGUAUUUCCUAAAACGAUUACUGUUGCACCAGUUUUUCAGAAAAAAAAGCUUUUACGUUUUUAAAGUAAGAAUAUAAAUCGAUUAUUGCUCGAAAAUAAAUGCAUAGUAUCGAGAGUGUUGCAAGAUGUAGGAUCUUGGUGAAUUUUUAACCUAUAGUAUACCUUAGUUAUCUUAAUUUUUAACCUAUAGUAUAGUCUAAUUAAUCUUUUAUAUUAUAAAGCAGAAGUCAUUUGACAUUUAUAAGUGUCUUUUCAAAAAUAAAUUAAAACAAUUUUUUUAAUAUAAUAUUUUCCCAAGACGUAUUUUACAAUACCCUAACUAAAACUGCUUCUAUUUCCCACUACUUCCACUACUAAACCUAAUAUCCACUAUCUUCAACUCUAUGAGUUACCACAUUUCUUAUAUUCGUCAACAAACAAAAUGUUUAUAGUUAUUUUCGAUGAAAAUGAUGAUGAACACCGUCAAUGAGUCUCCACAUAUAGUUUUUGGACGAGGUUUCUUAUAGUUGCUUUUCUUUUUGAUCUUUUAUCCAUCUCAAGUUUAUUUUUUGUAUCUGCAUCUCUUGGUAUUUUUAAUUCAUUUUUUUUUUUUUUAUAACGAAAGGUAUCAACACGUCAGUAGGGGAAGGAAAUCAAGUUAUAUGUGGUUAUCAGUAGAAGUUAGUCAAAGAGUAGAUGGAUAUCCUAAUAAUAAGUUCAGUAAUUGCAAAGAAAAGGUUAUUAAAAAUCGAUAGUUUCAUUCCAUCUGAAAGUAAAAGUGAGAAAAUGCAUAUGAUUGUAUUUUUUUCUGUCACACUAUGACUUUGCUUUUGAUAACAAAUAUAAUUAUAUAGAAACUUUAAAUUACAUAUAUUUACGUUUCAUUGUUAUAAGAUUGUUUUGUCAUUAUUUAUGAUUUGUUAUAUUUCAGUAACUUUUAUGUUUCUCUUAGGUGACAAGAUUCAUUUGGGUUUUGCUUCCUUUAAUAUGGGUGACAAGAAAGUUGAGAACUUGAUAUCCGAUUGCUUUAGGUGCAAGAUUCAUUAGGGUUUGGUUGAUAGCUUUAAAAAAGA